GGGUAAUCGAAAUGACAUCUGCUAAAAAGGAAUUCGAAAAUGUUUUUGCCAUACUCACUGAAGAAUUCUUAACAACUGCGACUUCUCGAAAACUUCCACAGAAUGCAAUUGAAUGGAUUAAGAAGCUACAAGCAUUUUUUCUCGUCUCUGAUGAUAUAAUGGAUGCUUCAAUUACACGUCGUGGAAAUCCUUGUUGGUAUAAAAUGGAAGGUGUUGGUAAUAUCGCAAUUAAUGACGCGCUCAUUUUGGAAUCUGCAAUUUAUUUCUUUUUGAAAAAAUAUUUCCGUAAAGAUGCAUACUAUGUUGAUUUGCUAGAAUUAUUCCACGAGGAUGAUUAUCUUGAUUGUUUUGGUGAUCCAGAUGUAAUCGGAAAAAUUGGAACAGAUAUUGAAGACAAUAAAUGCUCUUGGUGUAUUAAUCAAGCUUUGAUAGUGGCAUCACCUGAACAGCGUAAACUUUUGGACAAACACUAUGGCAAAAAUAAUCCUGAAGAUGUUUCAAUUAUCAAACAAAUUUACAAAGAUUUGAAUAUUGAAGGAGUGUAUAGAGAAUAUGAAGAAAAUUCUUAUGUGUAUUUGACUGGAUUGAUUUCUCAGCUGGAUGAAAAUAUUAUAAAAAAGGAUAUAUUUUUGGAAUAUAUGAAAAAGAUUUAUAAAAGAACCAAGUAA